CAUCAAAUUUGAAUUCGGAAUCUCACAAGAUUGUACCAAAAAAAGUCCGCUCAAACUUGAAACCUCUCAAAUCUGCCUCGAAAACAUCUGCUGCUCCUUCCAUGCCAUUCCCGUUCCCAUUCCCAACAUUCUUGCCCAAUCUUGUUCUAAAUACCCUUUUUGUUUACAUCUUCUAAUCACUACCUCCCAGACAUGAUAUGUCUCUUGCCUUGAUCAAAUAAUCUUGUCUCUACAGCUGUUGAAUCAUACACUCCAGUAGUUUCUUCUUGUUUUUGAUCAGCUGCGGCAAUGGCGAACAGAGGCAGUAAUCGAUAUCAAAGCAAUGCUUUGCCUAACAUAAUAACAACUCCGAUGGAUGGGCGCUCCUCUGUCUCCUCCCAUCACUCAGACAGUUCUUGUACCACAGUAAGCUCUGGGGACCGGAGGGGCUCUUCUGUGAAGCGCCUGGUAAAGAGCCUCAGCAACAGGUACACAUCUUCCCCUUCUACCUCCAAAGACAAAAGCUUUUCUUCGUCUUCAUCUAGGAAGGAACUGCCCACUUCAAAAGCAUCCUCUGCCAUUGUCAAGACGAAAUCUUGUAUCUCUCCCUGCCAAUCUAAAGGCAAGCCUGAUCACCCCAACAUGACUUCUCUAGUCAAGAAAUUUAUGGACACCAAGGCCAAGCCUCUGCCUCAUAGUGGCAACUGUGUUGUUAUUCCUGCGGAUUUCAUUGCACAGGAUCUAAAGAAAGCUUCGGCCAAGGCUAAUAAAUUCAAGAGCUUACAGGAAAAAUUGCUGCAUAAAGUCUCAGGGAAAUCUGCCGGAAGCCAUUCUCAGAAGAAAAUGUUAACUGACUCAAAGGUCACUCGUCCUUUGUCUGUGGUGCUUAAGAGUGAGCAAGAACUUUUGCAGCAGAAUAGAGAGUACCAAAUUGAAAUAGAGGAGCUGCAGACCGUGCUUGCAAGUAAGAAUGCAGAGGUGGAGGGGUUACGAAGCUUGGGAAUCAUGCUGAAGGAGUUGUGUUCAAAGCAACAAAAUGAAAUAAAAGCACUUAAAAGCUCAUUUCCAUCAUCUAAGAAGGACUCUUCUCAACUGCAUGAGCUUCUAGAGAAACAGGGAACAGAGCUAAAGCAAGCUCGCCUUGUUAUUCCCAGUCUUCAAGAGCAGGUGACCUCUCUCACAGAACAGCUUAAAUCCCUUGCAGAGGGCCUUGCUGAGGUGAAAGCUGACAAAGAUGCAAUGAAGGCAUAUUUUGAUGGACAUGUUGCCACCCCCAAAACUCCAGUAUUUAAUCAGGAAGCUGAGAAUUUCAACAAGGAAAUUUGUACCAGUGAACCCACAACUCCAGUAAGCCAAGAAGAUAUGAUGCUAAAGGAUAUGAAUCCAUGUCUAACACCAUACUAUGCCAGAACAAAGUCACAGGAACUUGAGGUGAUUGGGUAUGGCCUAACAGAUGAAGAACAGUUGGCAGAAGCCUUGCACAAGCUUGUUAUUGGUUCUGAACAGAAACAAGAUGUGCUACAAGAACAUUGUAUAAACGUUCUUCGCAAAUCUAUUUCUUUCUCUACAGAUUCUACAAGUCUGAACUCCGGGGCAAAAUUGCUCAGAGCAGAUGAGAAUAGGCUGGGGUUUUCAAAUCUGCAUUGUAAGGCACCAAAUCAGAAACUAUGUUGGGAUUAGGCAAUUGAGUGAAUAACUGUUGAAUCAUCACCUGCAUGUAAAUUCUUUAGUUCAAUGAAAUCGAAGCUUCAUAUUAGCCUUUGCAGGCGUGCAAGAAGAGAUUGCUACAAGAUCUGUCUUCUCAUCAGUAUUUUUUUUGGAUAAUAAUAGAACACCAUUCAUGUUUUUAUGGUUUCCUCAAAGUCAUUAUACCAAUUUGUAUCUCAUGGCUCAUAUGUACUAUGGGAGUUUUGACAGUUUGUGCCUUAGUUGCCACGAACUUGGGUUCAGGGAUAGAGACCUGUCUCCAUGUCUGUAUCUCUUGCUGACUAUAUUUAAAUGUACUAUAUCUGUAGUACCUUAUUCA